AUGCUCAAGUCAUUAAUACGCUCUUUACCCCGGCUGAGACCGCCAUGGAAGCCCCUUGAUUUCUCCAACGCGAACUUCGUUCCUAUCCCUUCCAGCCACAAAGUCGAGGAAGAGACUAUGCCUGACUUUGUUGCGUCUCACUACCAUCCGACUCGGAUAGGUGAAGUUCUUAAGGGACAAUAUCAGGUCGUGGGAAAAUCUGGAUUCGGGACUAGCUCGACUGUGUGGCUUGCGCGGGACAUGAGCUACCGUCGCUAUGUGACCCUCAAGAUCUACAUCACAUCUGCAUCGAUUGGGCAGCAUCUGGAUGAUGAGCUUAACAUGUACAAACGGCUAGAGAGUGGCUCAAGAAAUCACCCAGGUCGUGGCGCUGUUAGACCACUACUUGACUCGUUUGAUAUCAAUGGGACCCAUGAUAAGCAUCGUUGUCUUGUACAUCCUCCCUUAUGGGACAAUGUCUUGACCUUCUUGUACCGGAAUCCGGUGCGGAGACUGCCUGUGCCUGUCCUCGCAUUCAUCCUUAAGCGCGUAUUCUUGGCGCUGGACUAUCUGCAUACCGAGUGUCAAAUUAUACAUACUGAUAUCAAGGCUGACAAUAUCAUGUGCGGGGUUGGAGAUGAAUCUGUCUUUCGUGGUCUUGUUGAAGAAGAGCUUGAAACCCCUAGCCCAAGGAAAGAGCUCGAUGGCAGAACUAUCUACGCGUCCCGGGAGCUGGGACUGCCAGGGGAAUGGGGUGCCCCGGUCCUUUGUGACUUUGGCUCAGCUAUGCCUGGUGAUGUGGAGCACCUAGAGGAUAUUCAACCCGAUAUCUACCGCGCACCAGAAGUGAUCCUCGAGGUCCCAUGGACGUAUAGUGUUGAUAUCUGGAAUGUUGGUUGCAUGAAUGUGUUUGAAGGCGGAUCCCUGUUCACCGGAUACGACCCGGAAUACCAGACUUAUCGAAGUAGGGCUCAUCUCGCAGAAAUUAUUCGCCUGCUUGGACCUCCUCCAUCCAGCCUGCUUGCUCGAGGCCGGCUGAGACACAAGUUCUUCUCUGAUGAAGGUGAAUUCUGUGCUGGUAUCCCACUGAAAGAACCAAUCUCGCUUGAGCAGAGGGAAACGACCCUCGAAGGGCAGGAAAAGGCCGAUUUCUUGCGCCUAGUGCGGAAGAUGUUGCAGUGGGACCCUGCCCAGCGUAGCUCAGCGAGAGAACUGUUGGAGGAUGAGUGGAUCUGUAGGCAUACGCGCAAUUGA